AUGACAGGCCCAUCACAGUUGAAGAUGCGCAGCCCCAUUGUGGGGCUGCUCACAGCCCUAAUAGUCGUGUAUUGGAAGGUUGUGGCAUUUGCACCCAAACCACAAAUUUCCUGGGAGCAUGGAGAAGUAGAGCUAGAGAGGUUUCAUGAACCAGGCAUCUAUAACUACUCAGUCCUGUUGCUAAGCGAGGACCAGAAUACGCUGUAUGUAGGUGCCCAGGAGGCCAUCUUCUCAGUGAGUGCACUGAACAUCUCUAAGAAAAAGCAUGAAGUAUAUUGGACGGUGUCAGAAGAGACAAAAGCAAAAUGUGUAGAAAAGGGAAAGUCAAAAGAUACAGAAUGCCUUAACUACAUCCGGGUGCUGCAGCCCCUCAGUGCCAGCUCCCUCUACGUGUGUGGCACCAAUGCAUUCAAACCCAUCUGUGACCACCUGAACUUAACAUCAUUUAAGUUUCAAGGGAAAAAUGAAAAUGGCAGAGGAAGGCGUCCCUUUGAUCCUGAGCACAGCUACACAUCUGUCAUGGUUGAUGGACAGCUUUAUUCUGGGACAACAAGGAAUUUCUUGGGAAGCCAACAUACAAUCUCACAAAUUCAUUCCCAGAACCCUCUGCGGACAGAGUAUGCCAUCCCAUGGCUGUAUGAGCCUAGCUUUGUCUAUGCUGAUGUGUUCAAAAAAACCCAAGACAGUCCUGAGGGUGAAGAUGACAAGGUCUGCUUCUUCUUCACAGAAGUAUCUAUGGAAUAUGAGUUUAUUUCCAAGUUAAAGAUACCGUGCAUCGCAAGAAUGUGCAAGGGGGACAAGGGUGGCCUGAGGAUCUUGAAAAAAAAGUGGACCUCCUUCCUGAAAGCCAAGCUUAUUUGCUCCUGGACAGACGUGCACUACAUCUUCAACAUAUUGCAAGAUGUCUUUGUGCUACAGACUCCAGGCCUUAAAGAGUCUACAUUUUAUGGACUCUUUACUUUGAAGCUGGACAACACGGAGCUGUCUGCUGUCUGCGCCUACACACUGUCCAUGGUAGAGGCAGUCUUCACACAUGGGAAGUACAUGCAGAGCAUCACAGUGAAAUCCCAUACCAACUGGAUGAGCUACAACGGCCCUGUGCCUACUCCAAGGCCAGGAAUGUGCAUCAACGGCAAGGCACGCACAGCCAACUACACCAGCUCUUUGGAUUUAACAGACAAAAUACUCAAUUUCAUCAGAGACCACCCUUUGAUAGACGACUCAGUAACUCCAGUAGGCAACAGGUCCAAGUUAGUCAAAAAAGAUGUAAAAUAUACCCAGAUUGUGGUGGACAGGAUCUGGGCUCUGGACUGGAAAGUCUAUGAUGUAAUGUUUGUCAGCACAGACCAGGGAACCCUGCACAAAGCUGUCACACUUAACAUUGAGGAGAUAAGGCUUUUCCAGAACUCUGAACCAGUCCAAACACUGCUAUUGUCUUCAAUGAAGGGCAGCAAGUUUAUCUACGCUGGCUCCCACUCAGGAGUGGUCCAGGUCUCCCUGGCCUUCUGCAGGAAGCACAGCAGCUGUGAGGACUGCGUGCUGGCGCGGGACCCCUACUGUGUCUGGAGCCCAUUUUCAGCUACUUGUGUGGCUCUUCAUGAGGCCCAGGACCGCAGCAGGGCUUGGAUUCAGGAUAUGAGCGGUAAUGUGUCUUUAUGCCUAGAUAAAAGUAAAGUAAGCCUCCAGCAGCAUAUUCUCAAGCAUGGUGAGAUGGUAGAACUCAAAUGUUCCUUAAAGUCCCACCUGGCCCAGGUGGUGUGGAAGUUCCAGAAUCGUGUGUUGAAGACCAAGAAGCAUAAGUACAUUCUUGUGGACAACAAAACCUUGGUUAUCUUCAAACUGUCCUCAUUCCUUAUUGUUUCUUCUGCAGACCACAAGGAAGCAACAGGGGUCUUCAAAGCGCAGGAGGAGAGAGAGGCCACUUCUUACCUAGCCAGAGAUAUCUGGUUCUUGGAGAGCCUACUGCUUGCCAGCUCUGAGCACGACUGCUGUGUGUAUCAUCUGCACUUGCACAACUCCUGCAGCUUCCUCCUCCUCCUCCCAUGA